AUGAGUACUGUUUACGACGUAUCAGAGGCGAAAACGAAUGGCACAAAACUAAUACGACUUCUGUUUGAUGGAGGAACACACGUCCUACGCAAUUUUUUACAUUCUGUUUACCCACCGGAUAAAUUGCAGGGCAUAUUGAAAAAGAAUGAGGCAAAGCUUCUAAGGCUGAAGAGGAAACAUGUAAUAUCUGAAAACCAGUGGGAAAUGUUAUUUCCUAACUCCGGCGACCCACCGGACUCGGAAACGUUCGAUAUUACAUUUUUACAUCUCUUGCUUCGCGAAAUUUGCCAUCUUACGGCCCCUUCAACUGGAUGGCACAACAUGCCUGCAGACGAUGAUAAUAGCCUGGAGGCAAACCUUGUCCGAAUAAAAUGCUUUAGAAAUGAGCUGUGCCACAGCGUCUCUACAGGAAUCACAAACACUGAAUACGAGGACAAGUGGAACAAGAUUGCGUCUUCUUUAGAGGCACUUGAAAUGAGUGUCCAGAGAAAGAAAUAUGCAGAGAAAAUUGAGGCGCUGAAGAAAGAUCCCAUUGAUCACGAUGUCCAGCGGCGCCUGGAAGAACAAGCUAAGAUAUGGGAAAAGGUGCGGGAACAAGAAAAGAUUGACACGACGAUUUUCAGCACCCGAAGCUGUCUACCGGACAGAAUACCAGAAGAAUGCGUAUUUGGCCGCAACCAAGAAAUAGAGCGUGUCAAGAAAAUGGCUGAGGGUGGGGACAUCGCUGUUGUCCUGGUUACUGGUGGACCUGGAUUUGGAAAGACGACUGUGGCUAAAAGAGUGGCUCAUGAAUUGGCAAAAUCAGAGAAGGAAGGGACUGUGCUAUUUUGUGGUUUACUAACGAAGACAAAUUUCAACGAAGUGGCGGUAGAAAUGAUCAAUUCUUGUAGUACAAACAGCACGCAAGUACCAGAGAAUCCGGGGCAGUGGUUAAGAGACUGGAGCAAACGAGUCCAAAACCAGGUCACGUUUGUUCUUGACAAUGCAGAUAGCGUCCUCGAGUCGAGCGAUCGAGAAUCAUUUAUAAGCAUCUUAUCUGACGUAAGAAAGUUAUCGAGGCAAAAGGUGGCAUUUGUCAUAACUGCAAGGAAAACAUUUGAGAAUCCCGACCUGCAGUCUUGCGAAGUCAGAUUGGGCCCUUUGUCCGCCGAACAGGCAAGAAAUCUCCUCAUUUCUAGGGUGAAAGUCUAUGGAGAUGCUCCGCAGAACCUUUCCAGGGCAGAUUACAUCGCCAAAAAUCUAUGUGGCUGCGUCCCUCUAGCACUUUGCAUCGUUGGAUCCUUGCUAUCAGACUAUUCUGAAGAAACGCUCAUAGAAAGCCUUGAAAAGGAACCAUUAGCGGUUUUAGAGGACGACCAAAGAUCUGUUGAAAAGGCCAUCAAGACUUCGUUUGACCUUUUGAAGAAACCCGAACAAGAGACUUUCAUUCUCCUAUCUUUGUUCCAAGGUCCAUUUGAUAUAGAUGCAGUCCAAGCUGUGACGAAGGCGGAAUGUUCAAUCUCCGGAGCUUUGCCUAUCUCCAUCCUGCGCUCAUUAAAAAAUAGAUCUCUUGUGGAGAAGCCUUAUUUCCGCAGAUAUCAGAUGCAUCCGCUCAUUCAGUCAUAUGCAAAGAAGAUUGGUCGAGACAAGUAUGACAAACUUUUGGCAAUGGGCGAAAAACUGGCUUGUGUACACUUCAUGUUGCGCCUUGCGAAUAAUGCCGAUAGUUACUGGGGUAAGAACACCUGCAAGGAUUCCCUUGUAUCAUUUCAAGAAGACAAGUACAACUUCGAAUAUUUUCUUCAAAUUUACGCUCGAGGUAGGGAAGAACAAGAUCCAGAGAUCGUGAAUGGCUGUGAACUCUUUCUGGACAGUCUUCCGCAGAAAUGCAUGUAUUUGGAAAGAUGUCUUCAUCCAAGGUUCUACACUGAGAUCCUUGAAAGAUUAUUGAAAACAUUUGACUCUGGAAUCCAACCAGUGUAUGUAGUAGAUCUUUUGUGUCUUGUUGGUCAUGAAUACAGGAAAAAAGGAGAACAAGAUAAGUACAAAGAAGUCAUGGAUAGAGCGGAACAAAUUCGUUUGGUGAGUGACGCUGCAUUCGCGACAAAACCGCUAUCAGAAGUCUAUUUUCACAACAGCAAUGCUCGCUUCCUUUCAUAUAAAAAAGACAUUAAAGAGAACAAACGGAUUGAAGAGGAGACUGCAAUGGCUUUGAAAAUAUCUGGUGAACAGCUUCAUGAUCAUCCGGAAAGAGCAGCGACUCUCCUCCUUUCAGGAAUUAUUUCAAAGCGCUGCAAGCAGUUCGAUGCGGCCAAAAAACUGUUCAAAGAAGCGUUGGAACUCUUUCAAAAGAGCCUUGAGAAACAUUUUAUGACUGCCGAAACCCUAAAGGCCACUGGAGACCUUUACUUCUUUCUUGCUGCAAAGUCCGAAGUCGACUUUGAAAUCUGUCUUUAUUAUUAUGAAGCUGCUUUGGAAAUGUUCGACGUCCUAGGAGUGGGUGGAAGCAAAGAGAGCAUCUUGACGCUAAAGAAUUUUGGAGUUUGUCACAUGAAAAGUGAAAACUUUGACGAGGCAAUGAAUCUUCUCUCGAAAGCAGAGCAAAUUGCUGAACGAGAGUUAGAAGAGGACCAUACUUGGAAAGUCUCUAUAAAGACUUCACUGGCCCUCUUGCUCGAGAAGAUGAAUUACGUAGAGCGGGCGAUAAAAGUAAUGCAGGAGGGACUGUUAAUGGGAAAAUUACUGAAUCUGACCAUUGACAAGAUGGGAAACAAAGACCAACUUCGAGAAUUUCUAAACCGGUAUCCAGAGAAGUUCCCCGAGACUGAAUUCCCAAGUACGUAA